AUGUCUGACCUGAAAUCUUACACACAGAAAGAAGAGUCCUGGACCGACCAAUCUCAACACAAGGCUCGAGAUGCUUACGACGGGUUCACAGGUUCCAAGGAUACCCCAAGAUCUGUGCAACAUUCCAGUGUUCCUGGAUCGUUCGACUUCGACGAGAGGAAAAAUUAUUCCGCUGGAGACUCAAACUAUACCUCGCAAUCACAUACGUACGACUCCGGCUCGCCCACUUUCAGGGCCUCAGAAGGAGGAGCACAAGGCGAGUUUGGCGAACAGCCAUCAUUGGCCAACAAGUUAAUGUCUGCUAUUGGAAUUGGCGGAAACUCCGAAGGUGCAACUUCUCACAAAGACAAGCCAUUGGCUGGCGAGGACGCCGCCAAGAACUCCAUGUCUACUAAGACACUCGAGAAGCAGGCCGGAAAAGCUCACAGCUAUGUUGACAGCCAGGGCAACGAGUUUGAAGUUAUUCCUACGGACAGAAACGUGAAAUACUCUUCGCUAGUUGACCCAGUCAUCAGCACGAGAGACGUUCAUGGCACCGAACAGAACAUGGAGGGAUUAUCUCAUAAAGAGAGAGCCCAAAGACGCCCGGUCGAUCCUGCUGAGACGAAAAACGCCAAGACUUCCCAGCAACAGCAGAAAGAGCAGCAAUCUGUCCACGGCACUCAGUCGGGCGUUCAUUCGGGUGGAGCUGCUGCAGCCCACUAUGGUUCUACGAAAGCUGACACCCACGGUCAAUUUAAUGAGUCGGGACCUCGUGGGAAUACCAUAAGCUCAGAACAAGGCUAUGGUGGUCAGACCCCUGACCACCAGUCUGCCAGCCGGUACGAGAAGUCUGACCUUGCUCCCAAACACGACACUACGGACAAUAAUCUAGGUCCCGAAGUUCCUGGAGCUGGUGUUGGCUCUCUGGCCGGUGCUCCAGGCCAGACAUACCAUCCUGCGCAAAGCCAGGCUCUAGAAAUUCAACAAGGCUAUGGCUCUAACACUCAUACAUCGAAGCAUGAAACUGCUCGUGAUAAGGGAUAUCCGGAUGCUGGUGCUACCCCUAUGGCUGGCUACGCCUCCGGAAAGCCAACCAGCUACAACACCACCGGGGCUACGGAUGCCGAUCCUGCCCAUGGAGCCACUGCUCCUGCUGAUCUGGGCGACUACAGACACCCAAUCGGAGAGCAACUGGGUAGGAAUACUCACGGAAAGUCCCCCAAAACUCAAGAUCAGCACGGUGGUUUGGACCAGAAGGAGACUGCUGCUUCCAGAUCGAAGUCUGACCAUCAUAGGGCUACCGAAACAGCAGCUGCUGGUAGUCACGAAAAAUCUGCGAAUACCGCCUCUGGCUCGUCGGAGCACGGCUGCAGCUCGAAAGCGGGGUCCAAGACCGGUAAAUUCAGCAAAUGGGGCAGGAGCAGCAAGAAGAACGACGACACUGGUGUGCAGCAUGGCACUGUCUACCAGGAUGUGCAUCACGACACCUUUGCAACCAGAAACGCCGAUCAGUUCAAGUCCGACUCCUCCAGACUCCAAGGAAGCGAGAAGAAGGGUCAGCCUGAAUUUGCUCAGAAGCAAGCUGAGCUGGGCUAUGAGACUGCCCAUGGUGGUUCACAGACUGGUGUCGGAAUGGGCGCUGCCGCGGCCUCUGCUGCUGGCUACAAGGCGGCUUCCAAUGACGGCAACCACGGAAGGCAGCAGGACAAGCUAAACGAUGCUUCUACUCGGGAAUUGAGAAACGCUCCAGGCGUUACCAAGACCCAAAACGACCCUUAUGACAGCUCGUACGGCAGCCACGGCAAGACAGACGAGAAAUCCUCCGGACCUCUGGAUCCCAAGAAUCCUCGGAAGGAUGUUGACUAUAACAAGUUCGGCUCCCAGGCGAAGGACGUGUCGCAGAAAGGCGGCCAGGCUCUCGACAAAUCCGGUCACAGUGAAUACUCUUCUUAUGCCACUGGCGCGGGAACGGCUAUUGGGGCUGGUGCAGGAUAUAUGGGCAGCAGAGAAGCUGGCAAGGACUCUACCUCACAAGCCAACGUCUCUGGUCAGAAAGAUCCGGGGCUCACCAAAGGUGGCUUUAGGGAUACCUUCCACGCUCAGGGAACCAACAAGUACUCUGCUGGUGUUGGAGAGACUGCUGGCCCGAAAGAGCCGGAAACCGAUAAGUACACUGCUGGAGUUGGCGGCCAUGAGCCUCAAACCAGUUCUGGAUACACUGCUGGUGUUGGUGACACCCAUCCUCACCAUACCAGGGACCAGUACACUGCGGGUGUGAGAGAUGACGAGAGGGAGACUCCAUACACGGAAGGAUUUUCCGACACCGCAGGACAGAACAGGUACGGUUCUGGAUCUGGUUAUGGUGAAGCAGCUGGUGCAGCAGGGGCCGGUAUUGCCUCUAAAAGCCACGGUAGCCAGAAAGACCAGAGCCGCCGACAACAGGGAGUGGCUUCUUAUGGAGCCAACCAAAAGUCUUGCGGCGAGCACUAUCAUAUUCCUGGUACUAGAGACAACCUCUCAACCCAUAAUCGCGGCCAAGGGGGCGAUGGCAACGAUUACUUGAAUGACGACCAGAAUGCCCUGGCCAGCCGGGCUGCGGCAGCAGCCGCCCACGAUAAAUGUGGAGGAUCUGGCGCUGCAGAUACAUCGGAUGUCGGCGAAUCCAGCAACAUGCACCAGCAGGGCGACGAGGCUCGUACGGGACAGUCGCACCAAGGUGAUUCUAACACGAGAAUCUUGAGUUAUGACGAGUUGGAAAAGGCACACCCACACAAGGAGAAGUUGAGCACCAAAAUUAAGAAGAUCUUCAAUUAA